CUCCGGCUUCAUUCCAGCGAGCAGAGCUCAGCUCCUCACUCCUCUCCCCGCGCUCUGCUCAUCUUUUGCGCCAUUCCAUCGGGAGCUACCAGCAGCAGCAGCAGCAGCAGCAAGGAAAUCAAGUGGAGCGUGGAAAGCAAGGAAACCGCACAGAAGUGGAGAGAACUCACGAUCCAUAUCAAUCUUGAGGGAAAGUCAGUGAAAAGUUAACGUGUUGCACGUUUCACGUUCUCUGUGGGGCAAACUUUUUAUGGAGGAAGGCUCACUGCAGGGCCAGAUGACAAGCAUGGACAAGGCAGCAAAUGUGGUAUUGGAUAUUGAAGGUCUGCCUCAACAACCUGAUAAAUGCUGCACUGGAAGUCCAAAAAUGACUAGAGCCCUGUCUCGCAAGGGCUCAAAUCGCAUGGAAAGGAGGAGCGGUGAAGAGCAGGAGCAGGAUGACUUGGUGAAAAAACUUAUCAUUAAAGUUGUACCUUCUCAGUUGGAGCAGCUUAAGAUGCCGCUGGUACAGAACAAAUUGGUCGCUCCACAAUCACAAUGUGCGGCCUGUGCACCUAUUCUAACCGACUCCGGGGAAGGAAGGAACAAGAAGUUUAAUCGACUCACUUCGAUUCACCCGCGGAAAAUUCUACUCUUCUUUGCAACUCUAUCGAGUGUGGGAACGAUGAUACUGAUAUACUUCACGCUCGCCAUUAACGGUGGCAAAGCAGAGGCUUAGUCGUUUCAGUGGAGUGCAACACUUGCGACAUCGGUUUCUCAGGAGUGCAUUUCAUAGCUGGACUUUUCCUUCUCGUUAUCAGAUUUCGGUUUGUUGGGGAGAACUGAAUUCAGGAUGAAGCAAGCAAGCAACUGGCAGCAGCAAUGAUGCAGCCAGGCUCUCGUGCCUGACACAGUGCUGGGAGUGUGUUGCUCAGUGGCUAGCUCCAUGGUCACCUCUGCCUGAUCUGAUCUGAUCUGAUCUCCCGGAAUUCUUUUGAUCUGUACAUGUAAAUUGCUGUUAGGCCUUUGUGAGAGGUAGAAAGAGAGGGAUCCAUUGGAUUGUUGCGAGUGUAACUGAGCUUGGGGCGAGCUAUCCAUUUCUGCCAUGCGAGUCCCGGCUUAGCUGUAAAAGAUCUGAAACGAAUAAUUAUGCCUUGUGGAGUUGCA